AUAAAAGUGAUGAUGAAGUCUGCCUUUCGGACCGCAUUAGUAUUGACAACCACUGUCUGCCAUCGUUCCUUAAACCCUAACCCCAUCACCCUCCUCUCCCUUCGCACCGCCACCGCUUCUCCUCCUCCGAACUCCACCACCGUCACUUGCCGGAAAAUUCACUGCAACAGUUUUUCAUCUUCAAUGGCAGGCGGUGACUCUUCCCCUACUGUCGCUGCCGUGGAGAAGCAGUUUGAUGAGUUUCGUAACCGUCUUGAAGAAUCCGGAAGCUUACGUGACCGCAUUAGGGCUGUUGCGACGGAGAUUGAAUCGACGACGAGGAUGAUGUACUCUAGUCUUCUUCUUGUUCAUCAAUCUCGGCCGAUCCCUGAGGUUCUAGAGAAUGCUAAGACCCAGAUUGAUGUACUGAAGCAGCUCUUCAGUAGUCUAGCAGAAAUUGUUCGUGAAAGGCCUGGGCAAUACUAUAGGUAUCAUGGUGAUUGGAGAACUGAGACACAACAGGUGGUCUCUCUGCUGGCUUUUAUGCAUUGGCUAGAAACAGGAAGCCUUCUAAUACAUACAGAGGUGGAGGAAAAAUUAGGAUUGAAUGCUUCAGAGUUUGGCCUUGAUGUUGAAGACUAUCUUAUUGGAAUUUGCUUUAUGUCGAAUGAGUUGCCUCGGUAUGUCGUGAACCAAGUAACAGCCGGGGAUUAUGAUUGCCCAAGAAAGGUCUUAAAGUUCUUAACAGACCUUCAUGCUUCAUUCCGCUUGCUUAAUCUCCGGAAUGAUUUCUUACGCAAAAAGUUUGAUGGAAUGAAGUAUGAUUUGAGAAGGGUCGAGGAAGUUUACUAUGAUGUGAAAAUCAGAGGGUUGGCAUCUAACAAGGGGGAGUCAAAAGAAGACCAAACCAUCGAAGAAAGUUAGCACGCUACUGGAUUUGAAUUCAUGUGAGGCUUUAAUUUCUGUACAGCUUACUCGUGAACCAGUUAUCUUUUGGAAAUUUUGGGUAUGUAAUGAAGCUGCUAUAGCCGAAUUAUGGUCGUUCCUCUUCA